GCCUACUGCAGAUUAAGCAGAAGCUACUGAGAUGUCAUGCUGCUGGUAUCUUAAUCUGUUUGUAAAUUCAGAUUCAUCGUAAACAUCGAGACCACCGUGAUGGCAAUGCGAACAGCGCGACAGAGGAGCCAGCUGCCAACCUGCUACUAUGAGGGAUACCUGGAGAAGAGGUCGUUGGAAGAUAAGACAUCCCAAAAACUGUGGACCAGUCUGUGUGGAAACACGCUGUUCUUCUUCAAUGACAUGAGAGACACCAUUUACAUAGAGAAAGUGGAUCUCAGUGGAUUUAUCUCAAUAACGGACGAUGGCAGCCAGGAUCGUCACUUGGAUGCGGCCAGAUUCAUCCUCCAGAUGAAGGACAUCAAUGUCAAAUUCACUGCUUCUAACGCAGAGUCUCGGGAGCUGUGGAAGGGCUAUAUCCAAUCUGUGGCUGAGUUGUCGGUACCAACCUCCCUCACCCUGCUACCAGGCCAGAUCCACAUGCUGAAAGAGGUAGUAGAGAAGGAGAAGGAAAGAAAAAGAAAUGUCGCUCAACCUGCUGUACUCAACCACUGUGCUUACAUCAGCCUCCAAGCAGACAUGCCAGCUUGUUACCACCGUGUGUCCCGUCUGGAGGCAGAGCUGCUGCUUGAGAAAGAGGCCAAGAAGGGAAACCUCCUGCUGAGGCCCGGGAGUAACGGAACCUCCUUCGCUGUCAGCACCAGACAGGACCUUGAAGGCUCUGUGUUCAGACACUACCGUGUGACUCGUAAACCUGAAGGGGGCUUCGCCAUUGACGUGGACAUUCCUGUCCCAUGUGCCACGCUACAUGAUGUGAUCAACUAUUUAGUGGAAAAAACGGACGGAGUUCUGAUUCCUCUGAUCAUUGAGGAAACCUACGAUAAAAACAUCACUUUUAUUCGGACUGAUAAUGACAAUGGAGAGAUGAGCAUUCGGCGUGCCUCGUCAACCCUCAUCCCACCAAGUUUACCCUCCAAACCAGUCGCUCCAAGAGUACCAACUCCUAAACCAGCGCCAGCACCAAUUGAAGAAAAUAAUUUGUAUCAGAAUGAAGAGCUGGAGGAGAAAGACAAAGAGACAGAGGAUUCCUCAGCUGUUACAGUAGCACAACCGGAGACAAACAAACAAAAGAAAGCAGUAAUGCCUCCAACUGUUGUUCCUCGCAAAUUGCCCUUUUCUAUAUCACCCCUGUCCUCCACCACCACCACCACCACCACCCAGGCUGGUUCUACCUCCACAAACAGCCUGGAUUUGAGGAUGAGAACAGACCCUCUGGGACCGACAAUAUCGGAGCUGAAACUCAAGUUUGGACAAAAGGCCAGGUGUUAAGAAUGUUCUCUGCUGCUGGGAACCUCUGAAAGCGUCUGGAAAAAAAAAAAAAAUCAGCAACAACCAGUGACUCACACCAGUACAGAGAGCCAUUUACCAGUCUGUCCCAGCAAGAUGUACCAACACAUGGUAGCUUUACACACAAACAACCUCUUUCCUCCUCUGCGCCUGGGAUCUGCUCCUCCUCGUCAGCUGGCUGUUGGCAGUAAAGCCUCUCCAAAGAUUAACACUUUAUUGAUUCACACAUCUCAGACGCUCAUUAGCAAAUGAAUCAAGUGUAACGAGGGGUGUACCUGUCACAUUAUCCUCACCCGGUUUCUUUUGUAUAUACUAUACAGUGAAGUGUGAAUGAAAGAAAACAGAAGUUAGAGUGGGCUUGGGGUUUCUGUACCUAUUGUAUUCAAAUAUAAUUUUUCAGUGAAGUGACUUUUUUGCUUUUGUCACAUCCAAUCAGAUACAUGUGACCAAGCAACAUCUAUGUAUGUGCCAUGCACUGCAGUAGUAUCAGUUUUAUGAUGUUCUGUACCUGUCUAUUAUUGUUACAACCGUUUUUAUUUUUUUAAAUUAAGUCAAAAUUUG